UCUGCGAGUCCUUUCUCCUCUUAUCCUCUCUUCCUUUUCUCUAUACUAUCUACUGUCUGGGACCGCAUCCGCGAAUUCGUCCCCGCCAGGACUACUCCCAUCCACUCACUCACCAGCGGCAGCCUUUUCUUAGCUGUCACAGACAUCCAAGAACCCCUCCUACCCUUUCCAGUCACUUGAUACUGAUAGCAGCUCUCCUUUGCCCCACGUGAUAAGAGGCGACACGCAAAGAGAGGAUCUCCCCACCCACUAUGGCUGGCACCAUGGCCGACGACGAACUGUUCACAAGGGCUAUCUCUGGGUAUCGGGACGCUUUUUUGGUUCGACACUCCCACCUUCCGGAAUCCGAGCGGAAUCAACUUUGGAGUCAGCGGUUAAGUCAGUUCAUGACCACCACGGCCUCUUCGUCAGCUUCCUCGUUCGAUACCUCCUCCAGCUAUCGCCCGGUUCCCGGCUCUGGAGUUCCCGAAGACGACAGCGCUGCUUUGGAGAAGUCUGGGAAAAGGACGCGACAGGAUACUCCCCGGACUCUCCCUGGCUCUGGUCUCCCCCCACCGAAACGACGAGUCACCACUCCGGAACCUCCAGUGACCGUCGACUUGACACGCGAAUUGUCUCAUGCUUCCUCCCCGGCAGCCCCUGAGACAGCUCGGCGCCUGUCAAGAACCAAUUCACGGAAGGAUACCGCGGCUACUUUCUCGGGUCCUGGGUCCUCUCGACAAACGGCCAUGGUCCGCUCACAGAGUCAGCAAACGCCGGUUUCACACCGCCCGUCGCUGGCCGCCACCAAUGUGAAGGGACAUCGACACUCUUAUGGACCUCAGCGCGUGCAGCGCCGGCUAGACCAUGUCAACGAAUAUACCCCCUCGGAGUACGCCAAGCAGUACUUGGGUGACUUCCAAGGCCAAGGAAGCGUUUCGGCUCUUUCCAUGGCGCUUUCGGCGGAUCCCGCGCUCUCCGGAUUUGACCAACAAAGGUCGCAGUUGAUUCAGACUCAGGCUGAGCUGAUGGCUGACUUCACUACUCUGGCCAACCCCACGAUGGCCGACCAGCCGGCCGCGGUGGAGAUGAGCAGGAGUACCACCACCGACUCGCUUUGCGGGGGGUUUGGCAUGAUGAGGUUUGAUUCCUCCGGACCAAAUCUUGAUUCCACUUUCUCUUUCUCUGUCCCAUCAACCGAAUUCAUGCCUUCCAGUUCGCCGAUGAAUGUUCCCUUCCCCACCAGUUUCAACCCCCUGCACCAAAAUCCCGUUCAUGAUCUCGCGUUCUCCUACCCUGACUCCGCUGCCCCAAUUUCCUUCUCGUGCUCUGCUCCCUCUUCUACCCCAUACUACUCCCCCAUCCCCACUUUCUCCGCAUCUCCAGCGACGGAGAUGAAGCCCUCAAUAUCUACUGAGAAUGACAGCCCUUCAUCCGCUUCCCAACCCUCCAGAGCAGCACGCAGAACUCAAGAACAGAUUAUGCAGGGCGCUCGCCCCAUUGCCCCCAAAGCGGAACCUCAGAGUAGCUCACCACCCAAGGUGGGUGAGCAGCAUAAGAUGAUCAGGAUCUCGUCUUCAGAUGGAACGGCUAAGGAGGUGGCCGCCAUCCCGAAAGCUUCGAUCCAACGGCCCACGCGCCCGAAAACGUAUUGCAACAUGUGCAAUGACCAGCCGGACGGCUUCCACGGGGAGCACGAGCUGCGUCGGCAUAUUGAGCGGGUGCAUGCCGUGGUUCGCAAGGUUUGGGUUUGUGUUGAUAUUUCUCCUGACAAGUCCUUCCUGGCCAAUUGCAAGGCCUGCCGCAAUGGCAAACGAUAUGGUGCUAAUUAUAACGCCGCGGCUCAUCUCCGUCGAACCCACUUCAACCCCUGCCAACGCGGUCGGGGUGGCCGUGGCAAAGACAGCGAGAAGCGCGGCGGCAAGGGGGGCGGUAACCACCCACCCAUGGAUGUCUUGAAGCACUGGAUGGUGCAGAAGACCGAGUUUGUUGUGGGCAACGCCCCGACUUUCAAUAACCAGGAAUCGUUAGGGGAUGAUCUGACGGCCGCACCGCUGGUGGUUGGCACUGAAGAUGUAUCAUUCUCUAGUCUGCCCCUGGCAGCGGCUGACGAGAUCUCUUCUCAAGUCUUAGAGACCGCCCUUAUUGACGGAUAUGACCCCAUGGCUACGUUUUCUGCGGUGGGCAUGGAGAUUCCCCUUGACCCGACGCCUUGCUAUUUUGAAUCGCCAACGCUCCCCCCUGAGAUUGACUCGUAUGUGUGAUCGUGCCAUCUGCUGGGCGCUUUUCAUCCCCUCGGUAUUAAUCUUGCAUGUUUGGGCAUUUUCUCUCAUCUUAUCUUCUCUGUUUGAUUCUUGGCAUUCCAGCCUGAUGUGAUACUAAUUCUUUGGCCUUGAAAAUUUUUUUC